UUCUGAUUUUUUGAAUCCCCGUGACUGUAAACUUGUAUCAAGAAGAAGAAGCGGAAUUUUUCAAAAUGGAAAGUGACGGUGAGGAGUCGUUGAAGAAGAGGCACAAACCAAAUUCAUUUACUGCAGAUUUUACUCGCAAGAAUUUCACUCAAGAGGAAGAUGCUCGGUUGGAGAGUACGCGAGCUCGAUUUGCAAAUGUUCUCAAGAGGCAUGGAGCAUUGGCUGAGCGACUUGCUAGGGAUUCCGACAAGAUGAUAUUCGAGCGGCUACAGAGAGAAUUUGAAGCUGCUCGGGCAUCUCAAACUCGAGAAGCUUAUUUAGAUGGUGAAGAAUGGAACGAUGGACUACUAGCUACAGUAAGAGAGAGGGUUCACAUGGAGGCAGACAGAAAGGCCAUGCCAGGGGACUCUAAUAAUGUGUCAUCUAAUCUUGUUGAAGAAAAUAUCGUAUAUAGAGCUGGAAAUAAGAUGAUUUGUUGCUUGGAAGGGGCAAGAAUCGGCAUUCAAUAUGAGACUUCUUUUGCAGGAGAACCUUGCGAGCUUUACCAUUGUGUGCUUGAGAGCAAGUCAUUUCUCGAAAAAAUGACUGUCCUUGAACAUACAAUUCCCUUCUUUUUGCCAAUACGAGAAGCAGAAAAUGAUCUUCUUUCUUCUAAUGCUAUGAGAUUUAUAGAUUACAUUGGAGAACUUUUGCAAGCAUAUGUUGAUAGAAGGGAACAGGUUCGGCUAAUCAAGGAGCUGUAUGGAAAUCAAAUUGGAGAGCUUUUUCAUAGCCUACCUUACCAGAUGAUAGAAUUCGUAUUAGAUGAUCAUGAUUGCAAAGUGACAGUUAGUCUUAGAUAUGCGGACCUCAUCUCUGUACUUCCUACUCGAGUCAAAGUCUUUGCAUGGCCGAUAAGUCAGUUCAAGAAAAAUGAAGCACUGGGGAGUCAGCUGAGCCCAGCUCGCCUCUCUUAUGCUGAGGAGGCCUUACGAACAAUGAGUUUACCAGAAGCUUAUGCAGAGAUUGUAUUGAAUCUGCCUCAAGCUGUUCAACAAAUAUUUCAGGAUUUGAGCCCCACUUGAUUGCUUCUUUUUGCUAUACUUGCAGCAAAACUAAAAUGUAUAGAAUAGAAGUAGAGCAGCAUGUAGAAACUCAAAAACUGAUGGUCAGCAUACAAGAUCAUCUUUGUAAAAUCAUAACUUUUACUCCUGAAUUAGUACAAAUAAAGCACUCUCACUAGAUUAAAUAAGGAAAUGAGUAGUUUUUGCAAAUAUGUAGCUUGCAACAAUACUGUUUAUAUUACAUUUUGCUAUGACCUCAGUCACUAAUCACUGCUUUGUUA